UGUGAAGUGGCUUGCUAACUAAACUUACUCUCUUUAUUACAAUGGCUUCUUUUAUUAUUCUUUUGGUUGCUUGUUGGGCUUUGUUCGGCCUCUGCUUGGGACAACCUAACUGUGGCUUGUUAAGUGUCCCUGCGAACCUGACCUCUCCUGUUUCUGGUUCUAAUCUUAAAUAUUGUCAGACAAAUGAGCUGCAGUGCUGCAGUAACCAGUAUUUAGUAUCCGAGGCUAACACUUUACGAGAUCAUGAACUAAUUGAUGGUCUCCAUGAGCAGCUUUUGAGAACUGGUGGCGAACUUACUACAAUUGGUGAUGGCAUGCUUAACUAUGCCAAAAGAGAAUUUAUUCCGAAUUUUAUACGACGACUUAAUUUUCCCUUGAAUUUUUCUCUCAACACUUCUACCUAUAAUGAAACUCUGCAGAAUGGGUUACUUUUACGCCGCAAUAACAACUUUAGGCCUGCAGAGUUCACUGAUUCCUUAUUCAGUUCUGAAAUAGAACUGAUAAUUACCAAAAUCAUUCUUCCAAGAGUUGUGAGUAAUAAUGGUCCUCCUAGACUCGAAAGUGAACAGUCUGACUGUGUCAGAAAUGCCCUUGGGCGGUAUAUAAACCAAACAACAAAAGAUCGUGUUGAUGAGAGCCUUGAAGAAUUUAGGCGUGCUAUAACAUCACUGAAUAAAAUUGUCUUGUGGUAUAAUCACACAUUUUUGCCUAAUCUUGAGACCUAUUUUACUCCUCUUAAUGCUUGUGUUAAUGCUUUUAUUCGACUUCAGUGCCAAAGAUGUGUCAAGAAUAUUGCUCCAUUGUGUCGUGGCAUUUGUAGUGAUGUUGCAUAUGGCUGCUAUGGCAUUAUUGAAAAUGGCUUUAGAGGGCAAUUUAACGUAUUAUGGAAUGUCACAAGUCAGCUGAUGAAUAUAUCAAGGUCAUCAAUUGCAGAUAUUACAAAAGUUGCUCCUUGUUAUCUUAUUACAUCUCUAGAUAACUCAGAAAUAUUUCGGCAUGCUGUCGAUUGUGGAAUUACAAUUCCAAACUUAUCAUCAAAUCGUAAACGCCGCAACACUGAUGACAACGAGAACAACAGACUUGAAGUUCCAGGAAUGUUUAUUCAAGCUGCCAAUUCUCUUCUUGGGAGAGGAUUUGUUUCUUAUGGAAAUGAUGGACCUCUUUAUUGCCGUAAUUACAGCAAUACUAACUGCUGGAAUGGAACUGCUAAUGUAACAACAUAUACACCUCCUGCUAUUAAUAUAACAGAGAUAUCUGAUCCAGUUAGUAAUCCACUACUUGAAGGUGUAACCACUGCUGAAGUUCGAAGUCAAGUGUCUGCCCUUGGUAAUCCUGUGACUGAUUAUAUUUCUGGUGAUGAUUUUGGAAGCACUGCUCCACAAAGCUUGGGUAAUCCUGAAGAUACUCCAACUCCCAGUGGAGCUGGAAUUAUAAGCUCCUCUGUUCUGUUGAUGUUCCUUGCUAUUACUUAUGCUGUACUUAUAUUUAAUUAAAAAGCUUCAAAGAGAAACUUUAAAAUUAUAUUAUUAUGUGUGUUAUCAACUAUCCUGGUUUUUUUCAUGUACUUGUACAUGUAGUCUUGAGUCCAACAAGUUUAAAUAAUAUUGUUUUCGUUACAAUUAAUUAAAGGUUGCUGUAACUUGGUUGCUAAAGUAUUAGUUUUGACAUUUGA